AUGACAAUCCCAGCCCCAACUAUCCCAACACGCCAACGAGCCGCCGUCCGUCAUGGCACAGGCGAAACUGCCACGACGACCAUCGAGACCAUCGACGUCCCGCAACCCGGGCCGGGCCAGAUUCUGGUAAAGAUCAACUGGACUGGGCUCUGCGGCUCGGACAAGUCUCUCCUGCACGACGACUGGCAGGCUUUCGGCGUGGCCAUGCUGCCCCAGAGCCAAGGAAUCGCGGGACACGAAGGGGCGGGCGUUGUCGUCGCCGUUGGCGAGGGCAUGCAGCGGCGGUGGAAGAUCGGUGAUCGGGCGGGCGUCAAGUGGAUUGCGAGUACCUGUGGAGAAUGUGAGUUCUGUCUCAAUGGGGUUGACGAGGUGCAUUGUGAGAAGCAGAUUAAUAGUGGGUUUUCGGCGCCGGGGACGUUCCAGGAGUAUUGUCUUGUGGAUGGGAGAUAUACAUCGAAGAUUCCAGAUGGGGUGUCGGAUGAGGAGGCCGGUCCGAUCAUGUGUGGCGGUGUUACUGCGUAUACGGCUUGCAAGAGGUCUGCCGUCAAGUCCGGUCAAUGGCUUGUACUCCCCGGCGCUGGAGGCGGACUGGGCCAUUUGGCUAUCCAGUAUGCGCGCGCAAUGGGCAUGAGAGUCCUUGCUAUUGAUGGCGGCGACGAGAAGCGGGAGCUUUGUGAGAAGCUCGGGGCCGAAGCAUACAUUGAUUUCCAGAAAUUCAAAGCUCCUGCAGACAUCAAGGAUGAGGUCAUGCGAAUCACGAAACACGGCGCACACGGUGUGGUCGUGACGGCUGCCAGUAAGACCGUCUACGAAUGGGCGCCUAUGUACCUCCGGCCCGGAGGCACAAUGGUGGUGGUUGGUCUACCGAAGGAUCCCUCCAUUCUCGCAGGCGCACCUCCGCUUGUCAUCGCUUUGAGACGAUUAAAUAUCGUCGGGAAUAUCACUGGGAGUUUGAAAGAUGUAGAGGAGGCGCUGGAUUUUACGGCGCGAGGCAUUGUACAUCCAAUUCUGUCCAAGGGGAAGUUGGAAGACUUGGAUUCAUGGAUCGAGAAGCUGAAUGCGGGUCAGUUGGCUGGUCGUGCAGUAUUACAGGUGGCAGCGCAGGCGACUGAAUGA